CCAUGCUAUAAUUUAAAUGUGGACCCAGUUAUGUUUAAUCACAACUUCCUAAAUCCUAUAUAAUCUUCAGCUGAUCUCAUAAAUUAAGUCACCUACCAAUCCUUUCUUUAUUGAAUCCAUUUCUUUCUUCUUUCUUUUUCUUUCAAAUAAGAUAACAGCAACAUUAUUGAAGAAUAUGGCUUUGGUUGUGCUACCUUCAGAACCAACCCCCAAAAUAACCACAAAAGCAGCCCCCUUUCCGUCUUUCUUGGAUGACGACGAUGAUGAUGAGAGCUUUGAGCUAAAUAUUGAUAAAAGCAUACCAUGCACCAGAACCCACAAAAGUAAAGCAGCAGAAGAUGGAGAAAUAGACGUUUUUUCUGCAGACAAGUAUUUCAACGAAGCUUUUGACCAGGUAGAACAUCAUCCUAGGAUUUCUCGAAAAGGUGCAACUCCACAAUCAUCCCAUCAUCAUCAUCACCAUACAUUGAUGGAUCCAUCAAAAAGUCAGCCAAGAACCUCGAGUGUCCGGUCUGAACCUAGCUGGAAGUCUUGGAACAGCAGAAGCCAUCUUUUAGUGCAGAAAACCCCAAGAACCAAUCAUCUUCAUAAUCACCAGCCACCUGCAAACUCCAUGAAACAGCGGGGAAAGAGUUUCUUGGCUGCCAUUGGCAGAAACUACUGUUCUUGUAACGGCAAGAACUCUACACAGAUUGAUGACAUUAGUAGUAAUAGUCGUACAAGUGCUGAAAACCCACCACUCAGAAGCAGAAGGAGCUGCAAAGGAGACAACUUGAAUCAUAUUCAGAUCAAGAACUCCCCUGUUCUCAAUAACCCAGAGCAGAAAAACCAGCUGCAAGAUCGGAAAUGCUUGAAUGUUCUUGAUGGAAGAAUGGUGAGUAGCUGGGAAGUGAUUGAUGAUCAUUACGACGACACCGGGAGCGAGUCUAGUUCAGAUUUGUUCGAGAUAGAGAGCUUCCUUGGCGGGAAUUCAAAUCUGUUUCUACCCAUCGACAUCUCGACGAGAACAUCUUUAUAUGCUCCGAGUGAAGCGAGCAUCGAGUGGAGUGUGGUGACAGCCAGCGCUGUCGAUUUCUCUGUCGCCUCCGAUUCCGAAGAACCAAAAACAGCGAGAAGUAGUGAUAGUAAUGGUAGUAUUUGUUGUUAUGGAAAUGUGGUAUCUGGAGAAACAAUGAAGAAGAAGAAGGCAAAGAGGUUGUCAAGCAUUCUUAUGGGGUGUAGGAAUGAGAAAGCGGUGGGAGUUGCAGGAGAUGAGUACAGAACAACUACCAAAACGGUGACUGCCGAUGAGUACAGAACAACUACCAAAACGGUGACUCCCGGCCGUGGCCGGGAGUACCACGGCCCAACGACUACAAUUCUGCCAUUGAGCGGUGAGGUAGCAGGUUUUAGCGCGAGAACUUUCUCUACCUCCAUCUUGAAUCGCCAACCACAACCGCUAGAUAUCUAAACUACAUUUGGGGCGGAUCCAGGAUUUGGAGUGUGAUCCGCCCUGAAUGUAUACGGAGUAGUUUUUACUUAAUGAAGAAGCAAAGUAAAACCACUUACAGGACUAUCACCCCAUCUGCAAAUGUAUGUUUUAGUUCUAUUUUAUGAUAUUCUAAGAAUAAAAAGAAGAAUUCCCUUGUUUCUAUGGAUUAAGGCAAUGUAUAUUACGGAGUAUGUGUUCAUAGUUUUUGUUGUUUUAGGAUCUUUUUUAUUUACUACUUUGGCUAAAGAACAACUUAGAAUAAACC